AUGUACUUGGCUCUCGGAUCGGCCUUCACGGCGGUGGAGUAUCAGGACAUGCAGGUGCAACUCGGCACAGAGCACUCCAUUGUCGCCAUUAACGGCGCUCCUGCUAGAGACGGCCAUCAGGUGAACGGGAUCAGCUUCGUGAUUUCGCUCAACAACGGACAGCAGUGGGUACUCUACUUCUUCUACAAUGCGGGCGGCAAUACCACGCUCGUGUUCAAGGACAACAAGCUCACGACCACAUCCAAGUUCACGGGAGUUGUGCAGGCGGCGUUUGUGUCCACGAGUGGAGUGCAGCCUGAUGUGCCUCAAGACGACCACAAGAUUCUGCAGCUUUACCACGCAAGUGCGGGCGUCUACCCGAGAGGAGUCACCGUUCAGCCCCUCAACUCGGAGUCGUUUGCGUUCCGCUGGCAGCUUACUACGGCAGCUGGUGUCAACCCGGGUGCUCGCUUCCUGCACUUCGCCCUCACGCACCUGCAGGGAAUGCUCGAUCCGUCCACUGCUGAAGCCAAGCACGAGCUUGUACUGCAUUCUCACACGCACGGGCCCUUGUUCGCGUACGCGUUGGUGUCCCCGCCGAACUCCAGUCCGACGUGGCUUUGCCACGUACCCCAGGCUGAAAGCCAAGGCGUCGAGGCAUGCACUGCCUUCUACCCACCUCGAGCUGGUUCUCUCACUCGCGAGGAGGUCGACAGGCUCAACUUGUGCCGCGUUGUGGCCGAUGAAAUCCAUGGAGAGUGGUCUUUACCUCAUGAAGGAAGCUACUACUUCAAGGGCAAGUUGCUGCAGAAGUUCGGUACGAUGUGUCUCGUGGCUCGGCAGCUUGCAGACACUACCAAUCCAGAAAUGAGGGACGUGGCUCAGCACGGCAUUUCGAAGUUCCAGCAAUUGCUGGCGCAGUUUGUGAACAACCAGUCGGCGUUCCCUCUCGUCUACGACACAGUGUACAAGGGUAUCAUCACCAGUGAGGCUCUCACCAAGAACGACAUGAACGUGGACUUCGGUAACGGUGUGUACAACGACCACCACUACCACUACGGCUACAUCGUGACUGCGGCUGCUAUGGCUCUCUAUCUGGACCCGAAUUGGUGCCACUCAGUCGAUGCUGUCAGGGUGCGAACGCUCGUUGAUACGCUGAUCCGUGACGUGGCAAAUCCAUCCCCUAUCGGAACCGACCCGUACUUCCCGCGCUUCCGAUACUACAACUGGUGGUUGGGCCACUCCUACUCGCACGGCGUGACCCCAAUGGCCGAUGGCAAAGACGAGGAAUCUACGUCGGAGGAGGUCAACUUCCUCUACGGAAUCGCGUUGUAUGGACAAGUGACGGAGAACGCCCAGCAGCAAUCUCUGGCGAAGCUGAUGCUCAAGGCCUACAUUCGUGCAGUGAACACGUACUUCUUGCUCCGAAAUGACGGACCUGCUAUCCACCCCGCGGGCUUCGCCAAGAACAAGGUGACUGGUGUCUUUUUCGACAACAAGUGCGACUACACGACGUGGUUCAGCCCCAACAAGGAAUGCAUCCACGGCAUCCAGAUGAUCCCCGUCUCGCCCAUUCUUGAAGUCUCCCGUCCGACACGCUUUGUGCGCGAAGAAUGGGAGGAAGUGCUCUCCAAACUGCCCUUCGUGCAUGACUGGAGGGCGAAUCAGUCUGGCUGGACGUCUCUGCUGUUCGCCAACUACAGCGUCCUGGACCGCGCAAAGGCGUUUGAAGUGCUGUCCACGUGCCCCAUGGACGAUGGACUCAGCCGUGCUUGGGCGCUGUACUACGCUGCCACUCGGCCUCCUGCCUGCUGCUAAGCAAAAAAAGACUUCAACACAGUCCAAAAAUAAGCUAAGCCCCUCAUCGCAAAAAUCCCAGCACUAUUUGUCUGUUAAAAUGUUGCCUUCUCCAUUACGGAGGAGUCAUGGCCUGCAGCAAAGAUUGAGCGAGUUCGCUCACCACGGGCGAUAGGCGCCGGUCACGUAGCGAAAUCAAGCACCUACCACGUC